UAAUUGUAAAUUGAAUGUUAAUUGUAGUAAUCUUUUUCAGUAUUUUCCCAGGGUCUUCAAGCCAAAGGAUGAGUUCUUAUAGAAGUACUGACAUUUUCCUCAUACAUAAACCAUGAAGCUUGCUCCGAGUAAAUUUUCAAUUCAGAAUUUAUUUUCCUUCCGUGGGGAUGAUUUCCAUUCCCUCUUCUCUACUCCUUCAAAGUUUCUUCUUUCAACUACCUCUUUUUGGCGGGGAGAGGUUGCUCACCUUAGACAUAAGGUGAAGUACUUUUGAAAUAGAAUUUUUAGAAAGAUAGGGAGAUUGAUGGAAGAAAAGGAUAUUUUUAGAAAGAUAGGGAGAUUGAUGGAAGAAAAGGAUACUGAACAUAGGCAAGGAGAAAAGGGAGUUUAGAACAAGUGAGUACAGAGGAGAAGAAUAUAAAUUGUAUACACUUGAUGGGAGAAGGGCUGGGAUUCAAGUAAGGAGACUUUGGUUUCCACUGUGCUGUAAACUUAUAAAGAGAAAAAAAUGACCAAAUCCAAAGAAUACUUGGAAGUUGAAGCUGGGGUUCCAAGGCACAGUCCCUUAAUUUCGGAAAAACCCAGGAACAUCAAUAUCUAUCCAGUUCACUGUAUGGCAGCUCUGCCCUCAAAGAUAUUGCAAACAACAAAAAACAAACCCACUUUUUUUUUGUACUGAUAAGGAAGAUGAAGAUAUGAAGAUAAUCCUUUUUAAAGAAUUCUUCUUGGUCCUAGAUUACCAAACUGUGGUGCACUCCCCAAACAAGCACAUAGUGCCCCAAAUGGAAGCCAGACAGAUUCAUGCCUAGAAAUAACAUUUAUUCUAAGGGUGUGGCGCAGUGCAUCAUGGGAACCGCUCUUCCUCUGCGUCCCUACCCUACCUUGUUCUCUUGCUCCUCCAUCCACUGCCUCUGAAAUGAUUGGCAAACCAUGUGAUUCUCUUCUUUGGAGUCAAAGAGAGAAAUGGACAGACACAGCGGCAAACCACAAGACCCUUAAUUUCUCUACCAGCCAAUAGAAAACUUGGCAGCCCCUCCAGCCCCAAGCUUAGCUUCUUUCCUCUACUCUUCUUUUCCCGUUUUGAGCCCGCCUUCCCACUCCAUCGCUUAACCCUCAACGUUUGACAACUCGACCGGCCAAUGAGAAGUUCCCGCUCUGGGUGGAGACUCGAUAAAGUGAUGGGCAUCCAAUCCGGCCAAUUGGUCCCUCUACCUGUGGGCGGGGUGUGAAAGGCAGCCAGUGAAGCAGCGGCAUAGAUGAACGGAGAAGAAAAGGGGCGGGAAGGGGUUCUCUGAAGGAGGGAGGGGAAGGCCCUGGAACCUAGCGCUGCCGCCGCCGCCGCCGCCGUCGCCGCUGCCCGAGUCGGAGGAGGAGAAGCCAGAAAGAAAAUGGCGGCCGUGGCUGCGGAGGCGGCAGCGACUGCAGCGUCCCCGGGGGAGGGGGGCGCCGGCGAGGCCGAGCCAGAGAUGGAGCCCAUCCCCGGCAGCGAGGCGGGCGCCGAAACCGGCACCGAUCCUCUGCCUGUGACCGCCACUGAAGCCUUGGUUCUUGAUGAGGCGGACGGCAAGCCCGCCCCUCAGGCCGAUGAGCCACUGCCACCGCCGCCGGGGGAGCCCGCCCGGAGUCCCGGGGUGGCGGGCCCCGAACCCGAGCCUCGGCUGGAGCCCGACUCUCAGAGGCUCGAGCCCGAAGAGAAACCUCCCGCUCGCUUUGAGGAGAGAGAACCGAAAGAGGAGGAGGAGGCGACAAUAGCCCCACGGGCACCCGAGCCCUUAACGCCGCCGCCGGAGGAAGGGAAAGAACCGGCUCCCGAGGAGCCACCGCCGCCGCCUCAGCCCCAGUCUCAGCCAGUGGCUCCGGCGCUGCUCCCGCCGGCGGGCGGGGACUCGGCUGUGGCUCAGCUGAUCCCGGGCUCGGAGGUGCGGGUCACCCUGGACCACAUCAUCGAGGACGCGCUCGUGGUGUCCUUCCGCCUCGGGGAGAAGCUUUUCUCGGGGGUCCUCAUGGAUCUGUCUAAAAGGUUUGGGCCCCAUGGAAUCCCUGUGACAAUUUUUCCCAAAAGAGAAUACAAAGAUAAACCUGAAGCCAUGCAGCUCCACAGUAGAUCAUUCCAAGAAGGAACAGAAAUCAAGUGUGACUUGAAUGGUGCUGGUCCUGAUGACCAUUCUCCCAUUCAGCCACCAGAACCUAGCCUUGCUAAAAGCCUGUGGACUUCUAAACCACCUCCUCUCUUUCAUGAAGGAGCACCUUAUCCUCCCCCUUUGUUUAUCAGGGACACGUAUAACCAAUCAAUACCUCAGCCUCCUCCUCGGAAAAUUAAACGACCCAAAAGGAAAAUGUACAGGGAGGAGCCCACUUCUAUAAUGAAUGCCAUCAAACUACGACCCAGACAAGUCCUGUGUGACAAAUGUAAAAACAGUGUUGUUGCAGAAAAAAAAGAAAUUAAAAAAGGUGGCAAUGCAACUGACUCAUCUAAAUAUGAUGAUAACAAAAAACGGAGAAAUGAAAGUGUAACUACUGUGAAUAAAAAACUUAAAACUGACCAUAAAAUGGAUGGAAAAAACCAAAACGAAAGCCAGAAAAGAAAUGCUGUGGUCAAAGUUUCAAAUAUUGCUCACAGCAGAGGCAGAGUAGUUAAAGUCUCUGCUCAGGCAAAUACUUCAAAAACCCAGUUAAAUACUAAAAAAGUCCUCCAGAGUAAGAACAUGGAUCAUGCAAAAGCUCGGGAAGUGUUGAAAAUGGCCAAAGAAAAGGCACAAAAGAAACAGAAUGAAACUUCCACUUCCAAAAAUGCACAUUCUAAGGUUCACUUCACUCGUCGGUUUCAGAAUACCAGCUCAGGUUCCCUUCCACCCCGGUUGCGUUUAAAGCCACAAAGAUAUAGGAAUGAAGAAAACGACUCUUCCCUGAAGGCUGGACUUGAGAAAAUGCGGAGUGGCAAGAUGGCACCCAAACCCCAGUCUCGUUGCACCUCUACCCGCUCAGCAGGUCUCAACAAAUGGCAGCAUAUUACAUCAGACAGUGACGAGUCCUGCUGCUCCCUUACAGUGUCUGACAGACCACUGUGGAUUCAGAUUGGGAGCAUUGAAGUUAACAGUGAAACGGGCAGGUCUGUCUGUUUUAAGCCCUGCCCCAAAGUGAAGGGGGGCAUCAUAUCAUCACUUAAUCAUUCCCCAAAUAGUUUAGCACAAAGACAUUAGCAGCAAGCUGGUUUCCUAGAACUUACUACACUGCCACAAGAGAACACCAGCUCUUCAGGACUGAAAGAAACUAGAGAUUGAUUUUUUUUUUCCUUUUUCACUUCUUUAAUAAAGAGUAAAUGUUAAGAGCCGUGACUAAAACAGAUUUGAUGUACCUGGAAAUGGUAUUUGUAAAUUGUAAAUUGUUUCUAUUAUAUUAAACUGCAGAAAUAUUAUUAGGGGAAUAUUUGAUAAAACUUUUUGUAAUAAAUAAUGCAUGAGAUGAGGAAAAUGAUGUGAAGUACACAUGUAAGGACUCACUUGAAUUUUAAAUUUGAAGAAUACCUGACAAAAUUUUUUUUCCCAAAACUUUUGAUUGUGGAUUUUCUAUCAGUCCAUUUAAAUGUAAAUCCCUGAAGAUUAAAACAUGGAAUGAUGGCAGGAACUGUUAGAUUUUUGUUUUUCAUUUUCAACCUUCUUAGACUUUGUUAUGUUUUUGUGUUUCCUCCAAUGUUUAUGUUAGUGUGGAUAUGAACAAAUGGUGCUUCUAAAACUACUUGAAGCCAAGACCAAGGUUUCCCAGUCGAGAGAUAAUGAACAACUUUACAUCUCCUGGGAAUGUUUUUCUCCCUAAAGCAGGGAUGUAGCGUUCUAAAUAGAAAGGUUUGCUUGUUAAGAAAUAUUAAAAUUUAUUUAUUUGCCACCAGUAUUUAACAUUUUGUGCACCUUUUAAUGAUUAAAUACUUUUUUUCCUCAAAUUAGGAAUAGUGGCUUUUUCUCACUGGUGAGAAUUAUUAGUAUUUGGGAAUGAAAAUAUAUACAGAAUUAACUUGUUUCUAUGGAGGGAUUUGGUAAUUUUUCUUUUCCUUGAUUUUCCAUCUAGUUUGGAAAAUAGUUACUUUUUUAGGUUUUGGAGAAGACAUCUGGGAAAAAAACCCUUUUGGGAAGAAGUCUGUCCAGGCUAAAUGCAAGAAAAAUUCCUACUAGUAUCAGUAGGAAUUAAGCCUGUUGGAAGACUGCAAGAAUGGACCCUUAGAGGUGGCUUCAGAUCUUUCAUGAAUGAAGCAUGAAUCCCUAAUAAUAGUGAUCAUAGUUAUUUGGCCUUUUUUUUUUGGGGGGGGGGGUAAGUAUAUAGAUAGAAAUCCAUUUUCUCUCCCCCACUUUUGUUGAACGAGGAAAGCAUAAUAUACUAUGAAAAUAACAAGAUGGACCUAUUAGAGGUACUAAAUUUCUAAAGCAAUUUUAUAUUUAAUGGUGCCAUACUUUAUAAUAAACGUAAAAUUUUUUAGUGGUAAUAGCAAAUUAUUUUUAAAACCAGAAAGAGAAUCUGUAGCACCUACUUAUAUACACAUACACAUAUAUAAAUAAAUAAAUAUAUAUUUAGAACCCAUCUCAUUUAAAACAACAUCAGAUAAUUGAGCAUUUAGCUCAGUUUAUUUAAUUUUUCAUUAUCCAGUGUAAAUUUGGAAAUUUGUUCUUUUGGUCCAUGUAGCAUCUCCUUUAAUAAUGCCCAAGUGUUCAGGAUGAAUAUUUAAAGUUCUGGGUGAGUUCUGGAGCAUUUAUUUUUGCAUCACAAAGUAUAUCCAUCUUUUUGCUUCUGGAAAGCUUAGAGAUUUUAAAUAAAUAAAAGGUUUGGUUUUUGCCCUAGUCCUGACCUUCUGGAUGUUUUUUCAUGUUACAAAAAGUCUCCAUUUUAACAUAAUACAAGAUAAGCUCAGGGCCUGGAACAGCAGGAAUGUUACAUAUUAUAACUGAAGUGUCCUGGCUAAGACAUGCACAUUUUAGGAAAAUAGCCCUGCAGUGUAAUUUCCCACCUGCUUAAAUCCAGUUGGUCUUGUUCUCUCACCAGCACUAAUCAAUAGCAUCUACUACUGGGGCUCUAUCUGACUCCUGCAGUUUUUACACAGGCAGAACUCUUAUGGACUUGAUGAAGUUUGACUUGUAUGGAGACUACAAAAUAAUGGUAGUUAAGGGAGAAUAAGGAUUCUUUAUUAGGGGGUUGGGUGGGGAAAACGAACAGAUUGUAAAGUAAAAAAGAAACUGACAGAUAAACAUUCACAGGUUUUUCUAAUGAUCAGUUACUAAAGCUGUUUUACUGCAAAAUGGAUUUUUAUUUUUUUCUUUAAAAAUGAAAUUCAGUGAUAUUUAAAAUGUAGAUGUACUGUAUUGUUGGUUUUUGCUUUUUUUUGCUUUAGUUGCUUAAUAUUUAAGCUUUGCUUCCUUCUAACUUUAUUCUAAAUGGUCACAUACCUAUUUCAUUUUAGACUUGAAUGGAAAAAAAUUGCAUCACCUCUCAAGUUUGCUCAGAGUUUAAUGUUAAAGAAUGUCAUGUAACAUUUAUUUCAAUAAAGUCUUGGAUUUUUUAUAUUUAAAAAUUAAAA